AUUGCUUACAAUACUUUUGUAUGUGCACCAUCAUCUGGUUUUCAUGGCUUUGCUCAUUGUGGUUUUCUUUCUCCUCAAUUUGAAGGCUCUUUAUGCCCAUUCAGUAGAGACCACAAGCUUGAAAAUUUCAAGUGUUUUUGAUGAUAACUAUGCUGUUACUUGGGGGAGCAACCAUGUCUCUUUCUCCCUCCAAGGAAGAGAGAUCAGGCUUUCCAUGGAUAACACUUCAGGUUCUGGUUUUGGCUCAAAAGCCAUUUACUCAACUGGCUUCUUCCAUUUGAAGAUGAAGGUACCCAACAGGGAUUCAGCCGGAGUUGUCACUGCUUUCUAUUUGUCUUCCCACUCUAAUAACCACGACGAGCUGGAUUUUGAGUUCUUGGGUAACCUUGAAGGUAAGCCUUACACUCUCCAGACCAAUGUUUUCGUUAAUGGUCAUGGGAACAGAGAACAGAGGUUCCAUCUGUGGUUUGAUCCAACUGAGGACUUCCAUGAUUACAGAAUUCUAUGGAACCCUUACCAAAUAGUGUUCUUUGUGGAUAAAAGGCCCAUACGAAUUUACAAAAACAUGAGAGAAGCAGGAGUAGAGUAUCCCUCUCAACCUAUGCAGAUCAUAGCCAGCUUAUGGGAUGGUGAUGAUUGGGCAACUGAUGGGGGAAAAGUAAAGACCAAUUGGACCUAUGCACCUUUCUUUGCAUAUUUUAGAGGAUUCAAUGUCAAUGGUUGCCCUGUGCAUGAUUCCAACCCUCAGGACUGCUACUCUUCCAAAUAUUGGUGGAAUUCAAACAAAUAUAGAACCCUAAGUCCUCCUCAACAAAAGCUAUACCAACGUGUGAGAGACAAGUAUUUAAAAUAUGAUUAUUGUAAAGAUAGAAAAAGGUUUCCUAAACCACCUCCUGAAUGCCCUCAAUAAAACCACUCUUUGGACUCUCUUGAAUUUGGGGACCCAUCUUCUUUCCCCAAAGUUGAAUUGCAUGAUUUCCUCCAUGUAUAAGGAGAGCUUCAUCAUGAAUGAUGAAUUAUCAUUUUGAAUUAUGGGUUGUGUAAUAAACUCAUGAAAAUGUGCCACAUCACUUUCUGAAAUUGAUGAUUCCUUUUGUUUUGUGUUCA